CACACGCGACGCGAGCGGCGAGCUGUUACGAUCUAAAGAGAAGCUCUCCGCUUCGCCGGCGCCGCUCCCCCCACCCCCGCGCGCGGAAGAUUGUCCUCGUGGCGGAGCGCGUGCUGCGGCUGUUGUGCUGCACAGCCGCCGGGCACCACAUUUGCAGCAGCGCCGCCUCCGCCGCACUCGUCCAUCGCCGGAGCUUCCGCUAGGGUUUCGGCGAGCCGGGGGGAGGGGGGGGGGGGUGAGGUGGGCCGUCCGCCGCCGCCUCCGCGGAGUUCCUGCCUGACGACUGGAUCACGCAGACUCUAACCAAACACCACCCGACUGAUUUCGCUCGCCUCUUCCUCAUCCCCAUCAGCCAUGAUCCAGGCCGUGAUGGUGAUGAGCACGCAGGGCAAGCCGCGCCUCCUCAAGUUCUACAGCUACCAGCCCCCCGAGAAGCAUCAGGACCUCGUCCGCGGCGUCUUCCAGUUGUUGUCUGCAAGGCCGGACAGUGUCAGCAAUUUCGUCAAGGUUGAUGCAAUCUUUGGACCGGGAGCGAAAUUGGUCUACAAACAUUUGGCCACAUUGUACUUUGUUUUUGUCUUUGAUAGCUCUGAAAAUGAACUUGCGGUGCUUGAUCUUGUACAAGUUUUUGUUGAAACAUUGGACAGAUGCUUCAAGAAUGUGUGUGAGCUUGACAUCGUAUUUAACUUCAACAAGCUGCAUACAAUUUUAGAUGAAAUGAUACUUGGGGGACAAGUGAUUGAAACAAGUUCAGAGCAAAUAAUGAGAUCUGUCGAAGAGAUUGCAAGGCUGGAGAAACAGUCAAACACAACCAGCCUCAUACCGAAGUCGAUUUCAGAGCGUUUCAGCCGUUGAGCCGUGAGAGCUUCACUCAUGUUAUGGACAGAAACUUUGAAUGCGUGAGCAGAAGAAAUCAGAUUGCAUUUUUCUCCAGUCGCGUUGCGAUUCUCUCAAGUCGCGAGCAUCUACCAUUUGACAUGAAUAUGAGAGCUUGUAGCCAUCGUGAAUAUCUCUGUGUAUCCCGCAUGAAAUUGAAUAUGUGACCUGAAACGUGAAUUCUUCAGUACUAUCUGGUUUGCUUGCCGAUUGCCAGUUGAGGCAUCGUGUCUCCUAGACAAGAAAAAUCAUACUAGCCUGUUUCUCCUUCGGCUGAUGAUAUCUGUGCUGUUUUUGAUAGAAUGUUGUUCUUGGAAAAUUGCGAAGGCGUUGUGUUUUCUUC